AUGGCUCCCCACGCAGACAACACCGUCGAUACCACUGGCAGCGUCCUCAAACCCACCGCUCCCACCUUCCAGCCCGUAGCAAGCCUCUCCGAGUCCAAGUACCACUCCACGUCCAGCGCAGGCGCUAUUGAGACCGAGAACAAAUAUGCCGCCCACAACUACCACCCUCUCCCCAUGGUCUUCGCCCGCGCCGAGGGCUGCAACGUCUGGGAUCCCGAGGGAAAGCAGUACAUCGACUUCCUGUCUGCCUACAGCGCCGUCAACCAAGGCCAUUGCCAUCCCGAGCUGGUCAAGGCUUUGUGCGAGCAGGCCGGAAGACUGACGCUGUCCUCGCGGGCCUUCCAUAACGAUGUCUUCCCAAAGUGGGCAGAGAAGGUGAAGGAUGUAUUUGGCUACGACAUGGUUCUGCCUAUGAACACUGGCGCAGAGGCAGUCGAGACGGCGAUCAAGAUCGCGAGGAAGUGGGCAUACAAGGUGAAGGGCGUUGAACAGGGCAAGGCUCUGAUCUUUGCUGCGGCAGAGAAUUUCCAUGGCCGGACAAUGACUGCUGUCACCAUGUCCACCGAUCCCGAAUCUAAGGACAAUUAUGGCCCCUACGUCCCCGGUAUCGCAGCCGUCUGCCCUAUCACCAAUAAGCCCAUACGCUUCAACAACGUCGAAGACCUCGAGAUAGUAUUGCAAGCCCACGGCAAAGACACCGCCGCGUUCAUUGUUGAGCCCAUCCAAGGCGAAGCUGGUGUCGUCGUUCCUGAAGACGAUUACCUCACUAAAGUCCAAGAAUUGUGCAAGAAACAUAACGUUUUGUUGAUUUGCGAUGAGAUCCAAACGGGUAUUGGUCGCACAGGGCGCAUGCUGUGCUCCCAAUGGGCCAAUAUCAAACCCGAUAUGGUUACACUCGGAAAAGCCAUUUCAGGGGGCAUGUACCCCGUGUCUUGUGUGCUUGGGUCCAAGGAAGUAAUGCUUGUUGUGGAGCCGGGCACGCACGGUAGCACGUAUGGCGGAAAUCCUCUGGGCUGCGCCGUGUCAAUUCGCGCGCUGGAGAUCAUGGAGGAGGAAAACUUGACGGCGCGCGCGGAGACAUUGGGUAAGAUUUUGCGUCAGGGACUGGAGGACUUAAAGAGUCCGAUGAUCCAGCUGGUGAGGGGCAAGGGUUUGCUGAAUGCGAUUGUUAUUGAUGAGUCCAAGACGGGGGGCCACUCGGCGUGGGACUUGUGUAUGCUAAUGAAGAGCAAGGGAUUAUUGGCCAAGCCAACACACCAGAACAUCAUUCGCUUCGCACCACCACUCGUCAUCACUGAGGAACAACUCAUGCAAUCGCUCAAGAUUAUUGGCGAAGCCAUCACCGAGCUGCCAAACUUGAAGGGCGCGAAGGAGGAUCAUGUUAUCCCUCCGAGCGAGAAGGGUGUUCACAUUGGAUUGGACAAUUAA